UUGGGAUGUUGCAGGUUGUGGGGGACAGGGGAGAAGGUUAUGAUCAACUCAAGUUUCCCUGAACUUCUUCCCCAGUGAGAAAGACAUUCCCAACUCCCUCCUCUGCCUGAGGGAAAAACAGAAUCAUAAAAUAGGGCUAAUAGUAACUCAUAGUUUGCCUCGUUGGAAAAGAUCAAAGAAUGAACAGGACAUGGGAGAAUAAUCAGAGAAGUGUUUAUUACUUGUAAAUAGAUGAGAGAUUAAGCAGGAGACCAGCAGUUUAGGGAGGAAAAAGGAGGGUUUCUUUUCUUUUUUUGUCCGGAGGAGGAGAGACAGGGAAAGUCAGCCACGGUGGGAGAAGGGGCUCCUUUUUAAGUUUUCGCGUCUUCCCCGUCCUCUCCCCACCCCAAAUCUAGUCUUCCCAUCCGUGAAAAUGCCUCCCCUUUUUCCCUUUCUUCGCCUCACCUUCGGUCACUCCGGUGUAGGGAUGACCCGCGUGUUGCCGACCCGGGUGCCUCCUCCCAGAGGCCGCUCGGGUGCCCGCUGGGGCUGCCGGAGUGCUGGGGCCUCUGUCUGGGGGUGGGGAGAAAAUCAGACCCAACAGCCCACUGCGGGCUGGGGGUCGCCGGCCCUGCGGUUCCACGCGGGCCGAGUGGCGGAAAGUUGCAGCCGAAUCCGCUUCUCCGGCGCUUCUGGGCCGCCAGCGGGGCCAGGUCUUUGGGGGGAGCGGCUGGAGUUCCCCGCCGAGCCUGCAGCCUGGGCAUCGCGCUUCCUCGGGUCUCCAUCCUGACCUUCCCAGACACACAUACUUCAUGCCGGUGAAGAGACAAAAAAGCUGAGCGGCCCGGCUCCGAGCCCAGGCGUGGAGUGCUCACUCCAACCCGGAAUAUUUUUCUAUCAGAGAAUAAUGGAGCACAAAAUAAUUCAGCAGAGCGGAUGGGCAGGAGCGCAGUGUGGGAGCCCCGCGCGGUGGCCCGGCUGCACAGCGGGCUGCGCCGCCCAGCCCCGGAAGACCAUUUCGUUGGAGUGUAGAGCGAGGCCGCAGCCCAGCCCCGACCCAGCAGCCCGAGGGCCAGUCUCUAAAUGACGGCCCUUCAAGAGGACUCGGAAAUGCAAAAAGGGAGCCGAAAAAUUUAAACAGUCUGAAGGUAGAGGCGUCCCGGCGCGGCCAAAGCGAAAAUCAAUCACGUAAUUAAAACGGGGAGAGGGCGAGGCCAGAGGUUGGGGGUCCCGGGUUCCGAGGAGGCGGCCAAGGUAUGGGCCGAGGCGGGUGAGUGGCCCGGGGAUGGGGCUCGCCCGCCACGGCCCGGAGCGCGAGGGGCUGCGGGAAGGUUUAUCACAGAUCGCUAUUGAUUCCUGCUCGUCUGGGGAGAGCAGGCUGCGUGUCCUCCUCCAGGCCGGAUCCUGAAACCGACCGAUGGGCCUUUCCGGGCUCCCUCAUUUUUUAUGGGGUUCCGGCACGCAGUGAAAGACGGCUCCCCAGAUCCCAGGAGUGCCCGAAUCUGUCCAGGCAAGUUUGUCUGAGAGUGCAGGUGGCACCAAGACAUGGCCUCCGGGUUUAAGGGGAUAGAGGAAGGUGGUACCCUAGUUUCAGGCACUUACAUGUUCCCCUUGGUCUGGAUUCCCCCUGCCUGGGAAUCCAGGCUUGCCUUUGGAAUGACUCUUAUCUAAGGAGGGAGGCUUGGAAGGGAUGUGGGUAGGCUUAUCAAGGGGAAACUUGGGCCUGAGCUAACUGGAUCCCUUAGGGGUCCCAGGGACCCCAGAGAAGGAAAGGGAACAGUUUCUGGAGGAAGGAAAGAAGGCACACAGGGAGCUCUGUUUGUGAAGAAAUGAUGUUCUUGUUAUUAUUGAGGUUAAUGAUGGUAAUGAUUGGGUAUGGCUGGGUCAGCCUGAAAGAAGAGCUCUCCACAGCCCUUUCUCACAGAGGCUUCUCUGGAGAAGUCACUGGCUCUCCGACCUAGCUGUAAUUGGGGAGAAUAAAAUGAAGACCUUUCCUCCCUUUCCCUGCCCUUUCCUCCCCCACUCCUUAAGAACUCCAGGAAAAAAGGGGACACCUUGUAAAAUCUUCAUCACCCACCCCAAUAAUUUCCCCUCUGCUCUCUCCAGUAAAACGCAUCAUUUGGGGGCACUGGGCUUUUGCCAGGCACCCUUCUUAUGAAGUUCAGCAAGCAGUUCCUGGGCCAAGUCCCCACUAAUGAAUUCUGUUUCUGACUCUGGAGGAGACCCAGGAUUCUCUUGCCUGCUCCAUGGAAUUCUCCCUCUAUCCUUGUCUCUGCCUUCCUUGGUCCAGGGUGCCUCAACCCAUGAGUCCCUGGAAGCUCAGAGGCCAAGAACAGAUUAGAGUAUUUUGAGAUGCCCUCAUCAACCCCAAAAGGAAUCCCACCUUCCUAUCGGCUUCUUAAUUCUGGGAGCACCAGGUCAGCUCUCUGGAAGCUACCCUAAGCCAGCCUAAUUCCUAAAUCUUUCAAAACCACAUUUAGAGUGCUUUAAAAGUAAAAGUCCUUUCACCCCCCUCUAACAGGAAAGUUCAAGUUAGAAAUACUCAGCAGCGCAAGCUUCUUGCAGCACUGUCAGAAUUUUUCAAUAACAACAACAAAAAUAAGAAUUAAAGCUUUCAUCAAGGGGAGAAAGGGACACCCCCACCCUAGUUUUAAAGAGGAUAUAAUCCUGCAGCCUUGGACGAGAGUGGGGAGCAGGGGUCAGUGAGGCCAGGAUGAGCAAAGAAGAGGAUGGGGAACCCAACCUCUAACUAACAAUUUCUCCAGCAUAAAAAUGAAACAUCAAAUUCGUUAGCCCAGGGCCUUCAUUUUUCCCCUUCCACAUUAUAACUAGUUAUUGAACUCACUGGAAGAUCUAAAGGCCAUUUGCGAAGAGACAAAUUUCAAUGGAGUUUCCCCAUCAAUAACCCCAUGGCAGUGACCUAUUGGAACAAGUCAAACACCCGAGGUGAAAUGCAGGUCACUCUGUCUAACCAAUAUUAAAAUGCGGCCACUUUUUAAAAAGCCACUUUAAAUGAGAUUUGAGGAAAAUUGAAUUCCAAGGAAGGCAAAGCAAGGAGGGGGAAAUUCACGAGAGGACCCUGCUUAUGGUCUCCGAACAAACAGGAGAAAUUCAUCUUUAAUAUUUUAAAGGGGGGCAAAUUAACAUUCCAUGAUUGCUUUUUUUUUUUGAGACUAUAAGCGAUUCCAGGAGAAAAAAAAGGUUGAGUAUUUUCUGGUGACACGUCUGGGUUAUUAAAAUCAUUUUAGACCAAUUCAUUACUUUUACUGACAAGAGAUUUAAGAAAAAAUCAAUUAAGCAUUUGCAUAUUCUUUUGCAUACAUUAGCCCUGCCUGCUGGCAUUAGAAGGGGACAAAACACAUACAUAUAUACAUAUACACACACAGCGGGGAAAAUGGGAGCCUUCCUUUAUUUUGGGGUUUGCAAGUUGCUUGGAGAAAAAAAAUAAAAAAUGGAAUGAAUUACUUGAUGGUAUACCAUCUAAAAGUCAAAUUUAUUUGAGGAAGAGGAAAGAGACAUGUUGCAAUGUUUAAUCUCUAAAACAACAACAAAAACCAUAUACACACGCGCGCGCGCACAGUCACAUCCUGUCCUUCUGAGAGUGGGGAAAGGAAUGACACCUUAUUUUCCCUCUCUUUGCCCGCCAAAUCCUGAGUUGGCUCUCACUAUUUUUCUCCCUAGGAAAAUCCAGGGAGUCUGAGAGGUGAGAUUUUAAUGCAGCAGAGAAUCAGUGGAGUCGCUGAGGUCUCUCAGCCGGCAGCUUGUUACUGGGGAGGGGAGGAAUAUGGGUUAUCCAACGGUCAGUAUGGUAAUGCGGGCACAAUAAGGCCUCGCACACAAUGGACACAUAUUUUUCUUCAGCGGUGUCAGAAGGGAAGCGCUUUGUACUAAAACACGUUUCCGAAAGAGAAACCAGAUCGAGAUUUAGAAAGAGUAUGGGGUGGGGGGGGGGGGGGGGCGGAUGCGGGUAGCAUUCAGAGAGUGAUUGUUUGGAGGCUGGCAAAAGGUGAUCAGAAAAAAUAAAAAAAAAUAAAAUUGGGGCUGAGAGAGGUAGAGGGCAGAGCAGGGGUUGGAGAUCCCUGGGCUGAUGAGGCAGGAGGGCAAAACACAAAAGGAGAUACAAGGAUUCAUCACGGACAAGAGCCGCUUUAGUGCCCCCCCAACCCAUUAAGCUAACGCUAAGUACAGGAGCCCUCAGAAGGGAUCUUAUUUCUAUGCUCGCAAUAAUAUCCAGGUGAAAAUGUUUGUAUGUGUGUGUCUGUGUAGCGGACUCUGGCUUGCUGUUUUCUUCAUGUGAUAGGCGACUUUCUUGCUACUGAGAUAUAGGAGCCCAAAGAGAGUUUUUUUGGUAAAUGAUGUAGAUGCAUGUGGACAAAUUUGGGGAAAUCUCCCAGAUUUUACUUUCUGGGUCCGAAUGUCAAAUUAGCUGUGCAAACCUGGAAAGAAAACUCCAUGUAUUUAUGGCUGCAUAAGGAGGCACUUAAUACAUCAAUAAAUAUUAAUAGUAUGAAUGCACAUGGACUUGGCAUUCAGUUGAGGGCAUCUGAACUCUCUUGGAUCUGACUACACGCACUGGCCCAAAGUGGGUUUCGUGCUCCCCUUCCCUCGACCCACCUGCAGGAGCUCAGAAUCCUGGGGAGUGGGGGUGUAAGAUGGGCCGUGCCUUGGAAAGUACUUCUUAGCAAGCCCAAGAGGGUGAAAAGAAGGAAGAAAAGCAAGUUGAGGCGGGGGCAGGGCUGGUAGAAGGUGACAGUGAGGGCUGGGAGGAGGGGAGCCAGGUGGAGGUGAGACUAUUCCUGGCCAGCAUAGGGUGGGGCAGCCUGAUCCAGGUGCAGGCCUAGAAGGGAGGAUGGGGGUGGGGCUGGAAGGCUUUCUCCUUCAGCAACCUUUCCCCCACCCUACCUGAGCUCUUGGAGUUCUGCCUCUCCCCAGGUGGGGGGCUGGGGCUGGGUUCAGAAUUUUUCUGUAGGACAGCAGUCAGCAUUGGUUUCCCUUUGGCACUUCUAACAACUUGUAAUUAACCCACCCCCCAGCACCAAUAAUAAACCAACUAAGCAGCAGCCUUCACCUUCUGACAGUCUCAAGCUCCUCUUCCAACCAAACCAGCCAAUCUUCACACGCAGAGGGUCCCGGAUAAGAGUGGGCAGGAGUUCUCAACCAACUUUGGAAAUUUGAGAAUCGCCUCUAAGAGGUGGUCAGCCUCCAGGGAAUUCCGGUUCUCUCACCCAUCUAGUGGCAGCAAGUGGGCACUGACCUCUGGGCAAGAGGUUUCCAGGGACUCCCAAGCACUGGCUCUUGGUGAGCCUAGGGUGACGGUAGGGGGCUUGAACAUGGCAGGAAGAAAGGUGGUCACGGGCCCAGGCAGAGGGAAUCAGUCCUUUGGGGCAUCUGCUGUGGCCCAGCUCUCCAGCCUCAAAGUGAGCCCUAAUUUGGAAGUGAGAACCCUCUCUGGCAUCCCAAAGGUGGUGAGAGACAGGUUGGGAAUCUCCUGCCUUCAGCCUCCCUCUCGCAACGGUUUUAUUUUUUUCCCUUUCCCCUCCUCAUUCCCUUAAUUGCAGAUGUUCUAAUUAAACCCUCAAAUAGUUGUUAUGCCGUUUUAAAAGGUACUUAUUCAAGUGUCAACCAGGCUGGGCUGGGAGGAGGCAGCGUAGGGCGGCGAAUUAAAGGUAGAUUGACUAAUCACAGCGGCGAUCAUAAUAAUAAAAUCAGAGGGGAAAAAAAUCACAUUACGACUUUUCGUGGAAAGGAGGGAGCAGGCAGCCAGCGGCCGCCAGCCCUGCACCGCCGCCGACACAAAGAGUGCGGGCGAUUCCGCGAGACUGAUUUAUGACGUUUUACAGCCCUAUAAAAGCUGUAGCGACGAGGCAAGCGCUCCUACCACCGCUGGCAGAUUUAGUCUAAUAAAUAAAACAUAAACAGUUAACUUUAUGUGUCACUUUUAUUGUUAUCAAGUAAAAUAUAGCCGAGCCCCGGCAAGCUAUGAUUUUAAACUAUAAUUGUUAUCAAGUGCAACAAGGGGACCCAGCUCCCUCCCUGGGUUCUCCCUUCUGCCACCCCCACCAACUCUGAGUUAUGGGAUCAGUUAAUUAGAAUUGGUGGCAUGACGUGGCCACCCCUAGCUGGGGGGGGGGGUGUCAGAAAGCAGCUCUUCUUGCCCCCUCCCUCCUCCAUGGCCCUGCCACCCCAUCAAGGCUAUUCCUGUGGGUGGGUGGCAAGAGAGAGGGGAGGGCGCAGGAAUGGACUGGAGACCCCCAAGUCCCGCCCAGCCUCCCCAGCUUCGUGAGCUCACCCCUCAGCUUUUGGAAGGCAGCCUGGAGCUGACCCUUGGGGAUGCGUGUUUACAUGUAAACACAUGUGUUACAUGGAUACAGUCCCUGGCCGGAAGCAGGCUCUACUCACGCAGGCCUUCCUCCUAGCUAGGUCUGCCCUCUGUGGGGAUGGAGAAGGAAGAGCUCCCAGGGCCUUGGCUGGGCACCAUCCCAGGGGACUGGCCCCUGGCAGAGUGCUCUCCUCCUUGCCCCAAGUCCUCGGGAACCGGCCUUGGAGGUAGUUGUCAGAAAGCGGCAGGCCAGGCAGAAUGGAGAGCAGAAACAACUGCCAGCGGAAGAGAUCCUCUGCUCUGGGCUGGGCAGGGAGGGUCAGUGGGCACUUGGGGAGGGCAAGGCUUCUGAACUAUGCUUUUGCCAACCACUUCCUGUCUCUCUUCAGCGGGGGCUCAACCCCCAGACCUCCAGAAAUGACGUCAGAAUCAUUUGCAUCCCGCUGCCUCUACCUGCCUGGUCCAGCUGGGACCCUGCCUCGCCGGCCCCCUGGCCAGAGGGUUGGGUGAGUGUGUAUGGAGAAGAGGGCUGGACUCUGGUCUCCUUGGAUGAGGGGGUACCACAGGCUCACCAGCCUCCUGGGCUCAGCCUGGGCCCCUCCCCAUCCAACCGCCACUCCAGUCCUCAUUCAACUUCCUCUUCCUGCGAAAGAGGGGCGCUGCCCCGUGACCUACACAGAUUGAGACAGGAUCGCCAUGAAUGGGGAUCUCUGGAAAAGCUCGGGAGCCGAGGCCCGAAGGGUACACCGGAGGUCCAACGGGAGACUCUGGGAGGGGGCUGAAUCACAGCCUCCCAACAGCCUCCCAAUGCCCAGGCUUUGGAAAGGAGCUGGGGGCUUCCCAUCUCCUUUGGCAGGGGAGCGUUGUCAGUCGGAGGGGUGUGUACUGGGGGCACCCCAGCCCCUGCCAGCUAACCCCACAUCAUCACCACCACCACCCCCCAGCACCACCACCACCACCACACACAAAAAAAAUUGGAUACAUUUUGAAUAAAGCGAUUCGGUUCCUUAUCCGGGGACUGGGUUGCUCCGUGUGAUUGGCCGGCGGAGUCACAUGGUGAAAGUAACUUUACAGGGUCGCUAGCUAGUAGGAGGGCUUUAUGGAGCAGAAAAACGACAAAGCGAGAAAAAUUAUUUUCCACUCCAGAAAUUAAUGAUCAUGAGCUCGUAUUUGAUGGACUCUAACUACAUCGAUCCGAAAUUUCCUCCAUGCGAAGAAUAUUCGCAAAAUAGCUACAUCCCUGAACACAGUCCGGAAUAUUACGGCCGGACCAGGGAAUCGGGAUUCCAGCAUCACCACCAGGAGCUGUACCCACCACCGCCUCCGCGCCCUAGCUACCCUGAGCGCCAGUAUAGCUGCACCAGUCUCCAGGGGCCAGGCAAUUCGCGAGGCCACGGGCCAGCCCAGGCGGGCCACCACCACCCCGAGAAAUCACAGCCGCUCUGCGAGCCGGCGCCUCUCUCAGGCGCCUCCGCCUCCCCGUCCCCAGCCCCGCCAGCCUGCAGCCAGCCAGCCCCUGACCAUCCCUCCAGCGCCGCCAGCAAGCAACCCAUAGUCUACCCAUGGAUGAAAAAAAUCCACGUUAGCACGGUGAACCCCAAUUAUAACGGAGGGGAACCCAAGCGCUCGAGGACAGCCUACACCCGGCAGCAAGUCCUGGAAUUAGAGAAAGAGUUUCAUUACAAUCGCUACCUGACCCGAAGGAGAAGGAUCGAGAUCGCCCACUCGCUGUGCCUCUCUGAGAGGCAGAUCAAAAUCUGGUUCCAAAACCGUCGCAUGAAAUGGAAGAAGGACCACCGACUUCCCAACACCAAAGUCAGGUCAGCGCCCCCGGCCGGCGCUGCGCCCAGCACCCUCUCCGCAGCCACCCCGGGCACUUCUGAAGACCACUCCCAGAGCGCCACGCCGCCGGAGCAGCAACGGGCAGAGGACAUUACCAGGUUAUAAAACAUAACUCACACCCUGCCCCUAUCCCAGGCCCCCCAUCCUCCCCUCACACACAAAUUGACUCUUAUUUAUAGAAUUUAAUAUAUAUAUAUAUUUUGGUUCUUUUCUCUCUUCCUCCCACCUUCCCCCUUGUCAGUUCCAAACAGACAAAACAGAUAAACAAGCCCCCUGCCCUUCUCAUCUUUCCACUGUUAAGGACCCUUUUAAGCAUGUGAUGUUGUCUUAGCAUGGUACCUGCUGGUUUUUUGUUAUUGUUUUUUUUAAGGCCAUUUUGGGGGGUUAUUUAUUUUUUAAGGGAAAAAAAACUGCAAAAAUUAUAUAUUGCAAGGUGUGAUGGUCUGGUUUGGGUGCAUUUCAGGGGAAAUGAGGAAAAGAAAAAAGGAAAAAGAUUUUUAAGCCAGUACUCCUCCUCCUCCUCCUUCCCCCCUCUUUCCUUAGGCCCUUUGCAUUGAAAAUGCACCAGGGGAGGUUAGUGAGGGGGAAGUCAUUUUAAGGAGAACAAAGCUAUGAAGUUCUUUUGUAUUAUUGUUGGGGGGAGCUGGGAGGAGAAGGGGGAAGACAGCAGACAAAGCUAAAUGCAUCUGGAGAGCCUCUCAGAGCUGUUCAGUUUGAGGAGCCAAAAGAAAAUAAAAAUGAACUUUCAGUUCAGAGAGGCAGUCUAUAGGUAGAACACCCCACCCCACCCCCCAUCGUGGUUAUUGUGUUUUUGGACUGAAUUUACUUGAUUAUUGUAAAACUUGCAAUAAAGAAUUUUAGUGUCGAUGUGAAAUGCCCCGUGAUCAAUAAUAAACCAGUGGAUGUGAAUUAGUUUUA